AUGUCCGAUCCUAAUAAAAAGUCCAUUGAGGACCUUUUGAAGAUGUUGGCUCUAGGCGAGAGCUUGACCCCUUCUCAAGAGAAACAAAUGAAAGACUAUAAAUUUUGGAAAACUCAACCAGUCCCAUCUUUGGACGAGACAAUCACGAAGGAGGGUCCUAUCGAUGUCUUGAAAACUCCCGAAGACGUGCCAAGCGAGCCAUUACCACUAAUCAAGGAAUUCGAGUGGUGCAAUAUUGAUAUCCAAAAUAAUGAGCAGUUGGAUGAGUUGUACAAGCUAUUAUACGAUAACUACGUUGAGGACACCGAUGCAACUUUUAGAUUCAAGUAUAGCCAUGAAUUCUUCAAAUGGGCAUUGAUGCCACCUAACUGGCAGCAGGAUUGGCACACUGGUGUCAGAGUUAAGGAGACAGGCAAGUUGGUGGCUUUUAUAGCUGCCACUCCGGUGACUAUCAAGUUGAAUAAGUCGGGCACUGUUAUUGAUUGUGUCGAGAUCAAUUUCUUGUGUAUACACAAGAAGCUCAGAAACAAGAGACUUGCGCCAAUAAUGAUCAAGGAGAUUACCAGAAGAGUUAACAAGCAAAACAUCUGGCAGGCUUUGUACACCGGUGGCUCAAUCUUGCCCACUCCAUUGGCCACGUGUCGAUAUCAACAUAGGCCAAUCAAUUGGUCCAAGCUUCACGAUGUGGGAUUCAGUCAUCUCCCAGCAAAUCAGACCAAAGCUGGUAUGUUGGCUCAUUAUGCCUUACCCAACAAGACAAAUAUCCAAGGGUUACGAGAGAUGGAGGAGAAGGAUGUUAAAGAUGUGUUGAAAUUGUUGACUGAGUACCAAGAAAGAUUUGAUAUCGUACAGCUUUUUACUGAAGAAGAGUUCAAACAUUGGUUAUUGGGCAACGCCGAUGCCAACGCCAACAACGCCAACAACGCCAAGACCAAGACCAACAGUUCCGGUGAUAAAUUAAACUCCAAUGUGAUCAAAACAUAUGUGGUGGAGAAUUCCGAGGGAAAAAUCACCGAUUUCUUCUCAUACUAUUUAUUACCAUUCACAGUGUUGGAAAAUACUCAUCAUGACGAGUUGGGGAUUGCCUACUUAUUUUACUAUGCAACUGAUGCCGAGGGAGAUAGGUACAAGCCAAGACUUAAUGAGCUCAUCAAUGAUGCAUUAAUUACCUCAAAGCAAUACAAUGUUGAUGUGUUUAACUGUUUAACGUCGCAAGAUAACACGUACUUUUUGAAGAAUUGUAAAUUCGGAAGUGGGGAUGGUUUUUUGAAUUAUUACUUGUUCAACUACAAGACAUUUCCAAUGAGUGGUGGUAUUGAUAAACAAACCAAGCUGGUCAUUGAUGAUGAAACAAGUGGUGUAGGAGUAGUUUUGUUGUAA